GGGGCGUGUCUCUGAGCGGAUAUCCCGUUCGGCCAUUUUGGUUUUUCCCCAUUUGUGUCAAGGGUAAGAAGAGAGACAGACGACAUGUUCCCUCUGGCGAGAUCCGCGCUUGCCGUGUCCGCUCGUGGCCUCCAGAGGACCAUCAUGAGACGGAACCAUUACAAGUCCGAACCCGACUUCCACGACAAGUAUGGGAACGCCAUCCUGGCAUCCGGAACAUUGUUCUGUGUUGGCAUCUGGACCUAUGUGGCCACUAGUACAGGAAUCUGCUGGAACUUGUCUCCGGUGGGCCGAGUUACCCCCAAGGAAUGGAAGGACAAAUAGAGAGGCUGGUG